GUUCAUUCUCCUUGCCACUCCUUCCGAUAUUCAUCAGCAAUGCCCUCAGAGCCACCCCUCGUCCUCGUAACCGGCGGAACAGGCUUCCUCGCCCUCUGGGUUAUAACCCAACUCCUCCAACAGCACUAUCGCGUCCGCACGACAGUCCGGGACCUCUCACGCAAAACGCAUAUCCACUCCUGCCUGCGUGAGGCCGGCCUAGCCGAAGACCAAAUCCGCUCCCUCGAAAUCAUCCAAGCCGACCUGCUCACCGACGAAAACUGGCCCGCCGCCGUCGCAGGGGCAACAUACAUCCAACACGUCGCAUCGCCCUUUCCCGCUCAUUUCCCAAAGAACCUAGACGACGAGCUCAUUAGGCCCGCCCGCGAGGGGACACUGCGUGUCCUGCGGGCGGCAAGGGACUCAGGGACUGUGAAGCGCGUGGUGCUGACGAGCAGUCUCGCGGCGGUGACAUACGGACACGAAUACGGAUACGCAGGGGCCGGUGGUGAGGAACGCGGGUUCACCGAGGAGGACUGGACGGACCUCGAUUCUGGAAGGGCUGUCCUGCCGUAUCCGCGGUCGAAGACGCUUGCGGAGCGGGCCGCGUGGGAGUUUAUGCAGACGAUGACCGCAGAAUGGAAAGACGGAGGUGAUCACGGUCAGAAGGGCCCACCAUUUGAUCUUGUGGCCGUCAACCCCGUAACCAUCUUCGGCCCCGCGCUGGGCAAAGAAGACGGGACGAGUCUCCGGACGCUCGUCGAGUUGCUACAGGGGAACGCCCCCGGGAUCCCCAAGCUGCACUGGCCGCUUGUCGACGUGCGCGAUUGCGCGCGGAUGCAUUUACUCGCCAUGACGACACCCGCGGCGGGCGGGGAGCGGUUCCUGUGUGUUGGCGAGGGGAGUCUUUGGACGGAGGAGAUUGCAAAGAUUCUCAAGAGGAGGUUUGGGGAAAGGGCGAGCAAGGUGCCCACGAGGGUCCUGCCGAAUUUUGCGAUUCGGAUUGUGGCGCUAGUGUGGCCGGUUAUCAGGCUUGUACUCCCCGAGUUGGGGCAUGAGAAGAAGGUGAGUAAUGCCAAGGCGAGGGAGGUUCUGAAGUGGGAGUGGGAGUAUAGCAGUGAGGAGGCAAUUGUGGCAGGUGCUGAGAGUCUGUUCAAGUUUGGCGUUGUUCAGGUUUAG